UUUUGCGACUUGCUUCUCGUUACAGACUUUCUUUUCUCAACAACAGGAAUCGUCCGAGGAAAGAAGAACCCAGAGAGAGAGAGAGAGAGAGAGAGAGAGAGAGAGAGACAUGGGGCUACUGUCAAACAGAGUGCGCAAGGACAGCCUCAAACCAGGCGAUCACAUCUACUCCUGGAGGUCUGCGUAUAUCUACGCCCAUCACGGCAUCUAUGUUGGGGAUAAUAAAGUUAUCCAUUUUACCAGACAAGGCCAAGAAUUUGGAACAGGGACAGUGCUGGAUAUCGUUCUGCUAAGCUCAGUGCCAGCCCGAUCUCCAGUGCCAUGUUCCACCUGCACCCCACCAGAAGCUCACGGUGUUGUCUCCUCAUGCUUAAACUGUUUCCUUUCUGGUGGUGUUCUGUACCGUUUUGAGUAUGCCGUCACUCCUGCUCUUUUCCUUGCAAAGGCACGUGGCGGAACUUGCACUCUCGCUGUUUCAGACCCAGAUGACAUUGUGGUCCAUCGGGCUAACUACCUGCUUACCAACGGCUUUGGGUGCUAUAAUGUAUUCAAGAACAACUGUGAAGACUUUGCCAUCUACUGCAAGACGGGACUGCUUGUUGUGGAUCAGAGUAGGAUGGGGCAGAGUGGACAGGCGGUAUCUAUAAUAGGUGGACCCCUUGCAGCAGUUUUAUCAACACCGUUACGACUUGUGACCACAAAUGUUUAUGGGAUGGCAGCAACAGCUGUCGGGGUCUACUGUGUUAGCCGCUAUGCUGCAGACAUUGGCAUGAGAAAGGAUGUGGUGAAGCUGCCUGUGGAGGAUUUGACAAGUAGGUUAGCAACUGGUGCACUACAGAUUGUUGAGCCAAGCCUUCCAGUUUUUCUACCUCCUGCCAAUUAGUCUUCCCGGUUUUAAUAUUGCUACCUCUAUAUUUAUUUCUACACUCUGGAAUGUGUAUUUGAAUUAUAUGUUUGGGAAUUAUGACCCUGAAACAUGUAAGUUCAUGGUGAUGAACUUUCGUUGAUUCAUGGGUGUAUGAAUGUUUCUUUUAUGGAUUAAUUUGCUGUCUCGGUAUUUUAAUAUUC